AGGCUUUUUCAUUCCUUUUGCUCUGCUUGUGGUCCAGGACACUACAGUGGAAAAGCAGGUGUCUCUGCCCAAGUGGGCUGCUGGAAAGGGUGGUUGGCUGGUGGGUGUGCACUGCACUGAUUACUCAGUCCCCAGUUGGAAGCGUAGCCCUUGCAUGUGAGUGUAUGUGCUUCCCGAGUGUGGUUUUGUGCGAGCAUCUGCUGCUGCGCUGGUGCUGCUGCCUCGCUGUGGGAGGAGCAGGCAGGUGCCCCAGACUUGCAGCCGAGGGUGGAAACUCUUUGGGGUUUGCUGUUGAUGCUUGAGGCUUUUGUAGAGUCACAGUAUCUGAGCUGGGUGUUCACUGCUGGAGCGAUGCAGGCGUAUAAAGGUAGACCUGGAUCUUCUGCCAGGGCUCAGUCUGGGACAGCCCCAGCAGUUUUUGACUGCCACAUGGAAGAUCACACCAAGCAAGUCCAAUCCACCCCACUCCCGGCCAUGCAGCAGAACUUGAAUUACAUGUACCCUCAGAUCUUUUGGGUUGAUGGCUGUCCCAGUGCACCCCCUUCAGCACCUUCAGCACCCUCCAUCACUCCUUUCCCACCAUCAGUACCUGACCGGAGCAGAAAACCAAGGAUCAACAGGGAAAGGAGGAGCAUUGGCUUUCUGGUGAUCUCCUUGCUGCUCCUGCUGGCCUUCACUGGAGUUGGGCUGAGCAUGUUUCAGAUUUUCCACCUGGAGAAGGAACUGGCUGAACUCAGAGAGUCUGCCAGUACUGAACAUAUCCCUCCGGCUUUGGAGAAACUCAUAGGGCAGAAGGAGCAGUCAAUGAAAAAUGAAGCGAGGACGGCAGCACACCUAACAGGAAACCCGGAUCAGUGGGACCUCCCUCUGGCUUGGGAACCCAUCUCUGGCCAUGCCUUCACCAAUGGCAUUCAGUACCGUGAUCAGGGCCUCGUCAUCAAUGAGACCGGUCUAUACUUUGUGUACUCCAAUGUGCUCUUCCGCGGCAGCGUCUGCAGCAGCCAGGUGUUGACCCACAUUGUCUACAAGAAAAACCCAGCCUUGCUUGGUAGCCACGUGCUGAUGGAGGACAAGAGCAUCAACUACUGUACAGGUCAGAAAACAUGGGCCCGGAAAAGCUACCUGGGGGCUUUAUUCAAGCUCAGGAAGAUGGACAGUUUGCAUGUCAAUGUCUCCAAAAUCUCUUUGAUUAAUUUUGAGGAAUCCAAGACAUUCUUUGGCUUAUUUAAGCUUUGAAUGGGGCUGUUUGAGCAUGGCCAGCAGCCCACGACACACACACUAAGAUGCGUGAGGGGUGAGUGCUGCCUGAGUGGCAGUGGCCAAGCCAGGGUCUCGCACCACAAAGCUCACCAAGAAACCAUGUUUUGGUCUUCAGCAUGAGAAGCCUCAAGCAACUGGUAAAGGCUUGGAAGUAGACCUCUCGGAAGCACCAGGGCUGUACUGCAUUAACCUAAAGAGAAUUGCACAUUUUCCUCUCUGAAAAAAAAACCAACAACCCAACAACAAACUCAAAAUGUAGUGUGCUGAAGACACCAUUGAAACUCGUUACUCGCUAUCUAAGAAGAUGCUGGUGCCAGCAGCCCCACACAGCGUCAUGGCCUUGGUGAGCUUGGGCAGCAGGCAGGCAGUGAGGAGGCCCCUAAAGGCAUGUCUGCAGGUGCCUGGGCUGUGCCAUGCCAUGCCAUGCUGCAGGCAGUGGUGUGGGAACAAGUAGUGUGGAGGUCUUAUCUACCCGUCUCGAGCCAGUACUGGCCACCCUGCCUGGGCACUCAGGACUGUGACUGAUGUACAACAGGCACCUGCCUGCUAGCUGGCUUGUUAGCUGCCGUAUGUACAUUUUUGUUAAGUUACCGACUCUGCCAAUCUCAGAAAAUGUCCCCCAAUCCCUUUAUUUAACUCAUGCUGACUGCCUUGCAAGGAACAUGCCAGAAGCAGCCGGGCCAUGAGGGGGAUCCCAACCCCAGAGAGAAAAUUUGACUGUGAUGUGCUGAAGGGGCUGGUGGGGAGGCCACAUACUCCACUGACAGAACCUGAACAACACAGUGCUGGAGAGUGGUGGGGCCCGAGACGAAAGCAGCAUCUCCAACCCCCUUCCUGCCCUUUCAAUAUAUCAGCGUCCCCUAUGGAAACCUGGUCCUGUCACCUCCUGCAUGGUGCAGGUGGGAGGGCAUGCUGGCCACCAUAAACAGCAUGGCUAUGGCUGGCCCCCUUGUCAAGGGAUAUUCUCUCCUGAGCAAAACACAGCUGGUAAAUAAAGGUAUAUUUUUGUAGUAAGUGA